AUGACGAUCACCAAGCCAUCCUCAUUGAAAGCCUCGGCGCUUGAGAUUCAAUGGACAAAGGAACCGAAGCCAGUCCCGGCACCAGGAUCUCCGGAGAUCACGAGCUUGAAGGCCACUACUGACCAUAUGAUCACGGUCUCUUGGACUUCAGCGAAAGGCUGGGAUAACCCGAAGCUCGUGCCUUAUGGUCCGAUUCCCCUGAUGCCCUCGGCAAAUGUUAUUCACUACGCCACCAGCUGCUUUGAGGGCAUGAAGGUUUACCGCGGAUUUGACGGCCGCCUUAGACUGCACCGCCCGCUCUAUAACUGCAACCGCAUGCUCUCGUCAGCGGAGCGCAUCUCAUCACCAGGCUUCGAGCCCGAAGAGUUGCUCAAACUUAUUCAUAAGCUUUGCGUGAUUGAAGCACCGAAGUGGCUCCCCAAAGCCAAGACCGGCUCCAUGUUGUACAUCCGGCCGACACUGAUUGGGACAGACAGCAGUCUUGGUCUCAGGGUCCCGGAGGAGGCGCUGCUCUACAUCUUUCUCAUUCACUGGCCGUCGCUCAACCCUACGACAGCCCCGAAUGAUGACAACAAGAAGAACGGAGUUCGGCUGCUGGCUAGUACGGAGUCGACUGUUCGAGCAUGGCCAGGAGGCACUGGAGCUGCCAAGGUAGCUGCCAACUAUGGUCCGACCAUUCAGGCUCAGGGCGAAGCUCGGCGACUGGCCGGAUCCGCAAACGUCUUUGUCAUUCAGAGGGCCUCAACGGGAGCGCUUCAAAUGGUGACACCGCCGCUUGAUGAGAGGAAGAUUAUUCUUGCAGGUGGAACUCGCAGAUCUAUCCUCGAACUGUCGCGCAAGAUGUUCGCGGGUGGUCCUGCGAAUGAGGAGGCUGAAGAGGUUGAGGUGCUGGAAAGUGACAUUACAAUGUCCCAUAUCGUCCGGUCGGUCGAUGACGACAGUCUCGUAGCCGUCUUCGUGGUCGGGACUGCCGCCUGGGUUCAGCCGGUGGCUGAGAUCAUGUUUGACGGGCGCACGAUUCGGUUGCCCCUGGGGAAAGUGCCGCAUGUGUCAUUGCUGAAGGAGAAGUUGGAGAGCAUCGUCUACGGGAAAGAGACAAGCCCUUGGGGAGAAGUUAUUGAUGAGAGCGAAUAG